UUCCGGUUCCAAGAUGGCCGCCUAAGCAGGGUAGAUUUUUUUCCCUUUCUCCCUCAGGAGCUAGAUAUACAUAUACAUUUUUUUUUUCCUGUAACUUGUGUGUGACGCAGUAAAGGAGUCGACGGAAGUAGGUCUGAAAGCGUUCUAAAAUGGCGAACCGUACGGUGAAGGAUGCACAUAGCAUCCAUGGUACCAACCCUCAAUAUCUGGUAGAGAAGAUCAUUCGGACGCGAAUCUACGAGUCCAAGUAUUGGAAAGAAGAGUGCUUUGGGCUUACAGCUGAACUUGUUGUGGAUAAAGCCAUGGAGUUGAGGUUUGUUGGUGGUGUCUAUGGUGGAAACAUAAAACCAACUCCCUUUCUGUGUUUAACCUUGAAGAUGCUUCAGAUUCAACCUGAGAAGGAUAUCAUUGUUGAAUUUAUUAAAAAUGAAGAUUUCAAAAUAUUUAGCAGCAUCCCUGGCCACUCUCCAUCGGGUACAGAAUUUGAACUGAUGCAUGUAGAUGAGUUCAUUGAUGAAUUACUGCACAGUGAGAGAGUCUGUGAUAUUAUUCUUCCCCGGCUCCAGAAACGCUAUGUGCUAGAGGAAGCUGAGCAACUGGAACCUCGAGUUAGUGCUCUAGAAGAAGACAUGGAUGAUGUGGAGUCCAGUGAAGAGGAAGAAGAAGAAGAUGAGAAGCUGGAAAGAGUACCAUCACCUGAUCACCGCCGGAGAAGUUACCGAGACCUGGACAAGCCCCGACGAUCUCCUACAUUGCGCUACAGGAGGAGUAGGAGUCGGUCACCCAGAAGGCGGAGUCGAUCACCCAAAAGAAGAAGCCCCUCCCCCCGCCGAGAAAGGCAUAGGAGCAAGAGUCCAAGACGUCACCGAAGCAGGUCCCGAGAUCGAAGGCACAGAUCCCGUUCCAAAUCUCCAGGUCAUCACCGUAGUCACAGACAUAGAAGCCACUCAAAGUCUCCUGAAAGGUCUAAGAAAAGCCAUAAGAAGAGCCGAAGAGGAAAUGAGUAAUGGACUCAGUUUGGUUUUAGUCCAAAUGGGCUCCAGUGGAUAUGAAGUUAAUCUGUUUAAAUGGAAAGAUUAAGAUCUACGCUCCAGGCAACGACAAGAAUUUUAAUUUUCUCUUAACCAAGUUUUUGGUUUUGUGAUUUUCUUAAAUGAAAGAGGUGCUGAGUUUUAUUAUCUUUUUCAAUAGUAAACAUCUUUGAAGGAUGUUUUCUAAGGUCAGUUUUUGACCAAACCAACUAGGACUAUAUUCACACUUAAGAGGGUAGAAAGGAUUUGGGGAUUGGAGAUGAUGAAUGAGAAGGAAAGGACAUGGCCUUUCCCUUUUUGCUAUUAAACUUAUUUGCCAUUUUUCUGUACUUUGGUUUUUGGUUUACUCUAAAAUAAGAACUGCUUUGAAAAUCCUGGGGUUUGUGCUACUGCUAUUUUUCAAAAAAACAAAAUGGGCUGGGCAUAUAGCUCAAGUGGUACAGAUAAGUAUCUGCCUUGCAAAGCAAUAGUCCAAGAAACUCCAGUAGUUUAAAAAAAACAAAACUGUCCAACAUAUUCUUAAUUAAAACACUGGUUAGCCAAUAAUAUUCAAAUAAACAUAGGCUUCUUCCAGA